AUGCUUAGAGGACAUAACUGGGAAAAACCAAGUCCCAGCGUGGACUACAGAUCAGGGCUGCUCAACCCUGGUCCUGGAGAUCUACCAUUGUUGGUACUGGGUCAGGAUGGCUGGGGUGUGAUCUACUCCACUCAGAGUAUCUGUGUCUUGAAGGGGUCAACAGUGGAGCUGAGCUGCACCUACAAGUAUCCAAGUGGUCAUAAAGUCACAUCAACCUUCUGGUUCACUACAAAAUAUACUGAUGGGAAUCCUGUGAACCUGAGUGAUGACCCAGACUACAGAGGUCGUGUGAGGUUUCGUAUUGAUAAUAAAAACAGCCACACCCUGAUCAUCACAGACCUGAGAGAGAGUGACUCAGCUGAGUACGAGUUCAGAUUCAUAACAGAUCAGUCUGGAGGGAGAUGGACUGGAUAUCCUGGAGUCACUCUGACUGUCACAGAUCUACAGGUGAAGAUGACUCCUGCUACAGUGUCUGAGGGAGAGACUGUAACACUGACCUGUAUCACAUCCUGUCCUCUGACUGACAACCCCACCUACAUCUGGUACAAGAAUGAACAACCUGUUAGAGGGGACACUUCCAGCUUGUAUGUUAACUACAUAAGUGAUGCAGACAGUUACUCCUGUGGUGUUAAAGGCCUUGAAAACUUCAGAUCUCCUGCAGUGUAUUAUCUGUUCCUUUAA